AUGUAUGAAUGCAGAGUGUUGUAUAUCGGAAGUGCUCCUCCUAUAGAAACUCUUAAAGGAUUGGACGCUCUGCAGGAGCCUUUAAAACAACGGUAUCCGUCCAACCUUGAAGAUGUGGAAGGAAUCGAUGCCAAACUUUGUGUUCUUCCGACAGCUCUGGAAAUAACAUACGUAGCUUCCGGUCAGGUUGUCCAGUUCCCAUUGGAUAGACUAAGCAUUUGCGCAGGUGUCCGCGCUUGCAAUGUUGUCGACGGUACAACGGGGGAAGAACGCCGGCAGUUUGUUCCUGUCAAUACAGUUCAGGAAGAAUCUAGGAACCCUGCAAUAUUUGCCGCCAUUAUCCGACGCAGUAAAGGCAGACAGAUCGCAGAAUGCCAUAUGUUCAUUUGCAAUAGUACAAGAGACGCUCUUCAUCUUGUGAACGCUGCAGCAACAGCUAAUAUGACCUUCAAGAAACAAAGAGGUCAAAGGGUUGAGACAUCCACGCAAGGCAAUGACGUCAUCGUUAUUCGAUCGGAAGUUGAAAACGGGCAUCCUGGGGGAAAUGUUGCAAAUGGCGGUUACGAGACACAGACAUAUGGACAGACUGAACAAAAUACAGUUCAUGUCCAGUCCGGUGUAAGCCAAGUUGGAUCACAGCAUUUUCAAAUACAACAGUCGAAAGUUGAAAGCCCAGAGCCUAACACUAUCUAUAUUACCUUUGAUAAAAGCAAUUUAAUACCUAGAGGUGAUGAUAGAAUGGAAGUUAGACACACUGCUCGGCAAUCGCGCAGAAUAGAGGAAUAUGACAGACCAGAGUAUAUUGAAGCCCCGCAACUGGCUCCAGCUCCAACUCCAGCUCCAGCUCUGCGGCCUGUGCACGUACCGUAUGUUGAUGUUCCGACACCCCGUCAUAAUUACGCGCUCCGAACAAUUGCUCCACCUCCGCCACCGCCGCAGCCAUACAUGAUGCAUAGGCCAAUGCUUGUAAGACCACCCCCACCUCCUGCCCCAGUGAUGAUCCGACCGCCACAGAGACUUUACACCAAACGAGUUAUUGCCCCUCCACCUCCACCACAGAGGUUCGUUUCUCAGCCACCUAUGUUUGUUCGUUCCCGCGCACGUUCUGCCUCUCCGAUCGGGCGGUACAAUUCGGAAAUACGCGUUUCGAAGAAAGGGGCAUAUCAACCGAAAUGGGAAGGCAUCGGGCGUCCGAAGAGUGAUGUAGCUGCGCCACGAAUGUCAAGGCGUGAUAUGUACGAACGUCAACCCCCACCUCCACAGUUCUUCCAACAGCCAGGGGCUCCAAGAGAUAUGUUCCUUAAUGAGAGAGCUUUCUCUCACCGGAUGCAUGCGGAUAACAGAAUAUCCCGAGAACAUCAUGGUCAUCAUUACCCGACGGCAUACGAGUUACACGAUGCCAUGUUAUAUGAUAGACCCAUGACAAAAUCCAAUCCAAGAUACAGUAGCUCCUCAAGCUCAUCCGAUGACGGCAAUAGAAACACCCGGUUAAGAAGCUCCAGACGUUGA